CUUCAAGGUAAAUGCGGCGAGGCCCUGAAGUUCAUCAUGGAGCCAAACCCCGAGGAGGAGUAUGCGGAGUUUUUUGAUGUUAGUUUCCUAGUAUACUCAACAGUAUCGCACAUCAUCGACUUGAAUUGGAUAUGGUUACCGGCAAGACCAAGAUGGAGUUACUUGGAGGACGAUUGCAUCCUUCUCAUCGAAUCGCGCAGUCGCAUGCACGAAGCUCCAAUACAACACUUGGAUUCGAUAUUCAAUCGCUUUUUGCGUGGCUUCGUUCCCGACCCUGUGCUUACCACGACAACCAUGAACAGUCGGUUAACAUCUACAUUUAUCGUCCCAGACAUCGCAAUCGAAGUAGAUGUAUCAAGUACGAGAUAUUGGAUCCGUAGGCCUCUUGUCAUCGUGGAAUGUGCAUUUGCACAGGACAUGGAUUCAGUUCUUCGGAAAAUCAAACAUGAAAUCGCCGGCCAACCAGAAGUUUUGAUGGUCAUAUUGGUUGUAAUUGAUGAACAUCAACCAUAUCGCUCGCCUGAACGUAUGUUCGAAGCAUGGCAGAUGCUACGCCAGGAGACAUCAUGUCGCUCAAGUUCUUCGUUCGCUUCGCUUGAAGAGCAUGCGGCACGAUCUUACAAACAAAAAAAUCAUCGCGUCGUGAUCGCGGGCCAUACAUGGUGUGACCUUGGCUCUGUUCGAUUUCACGUUUGGGUGCGGGGGAAUGAACCAAUCAACAUUGAUGAUGAUGAUGAACUGCAUGCAUGUGGUACGUUGCUUCCAAACCGAGAUAUGGAUGCGGUCGACACCAUGAUCGAGAAUGGCAUGGUGAUGAUGCGGGACUCUAUUGCAAUUGUCUGCCAGGAGGCGGCUCUGGACACUGACGUUACUACCAUUCAAGACACUGUCGUUGCUUUCAGCCCUGAUUGGGACCGCCUGCUGAUGCAAUUGAAAUUUGGGGUCACGGAGACUGCCUAUGACCGGUACCAUUCAUGGUACAAUUCGUCCCCCUGAGAUCUCCCUGCCACCACGCUUUACAACAUCAUAACGACGCUGCAGUCCUAUGUAAAUCAAUUGUUAUUCAGUGUCUGUCCCCCACCAGUGUGAAGACAGGUUGUGAGUGUGUGCUGUGCAUCAUGCGUGGAUC